CGUCAGAAUAGUCCGUCUGCCAUCAGUGGUUCAAUCUUAAUGUUAUGAAGCGAUGAGAAUACUUUUUGUACGCAAAGAAAAUAAAAAUAAUGACAUUUAUUCAACAAUUCGUGUCCUCUCUGUGUCAGCGUAGCACCAUUUUGGAGAACAUCCGAUGGACGCUAAGUGGGUACGCUAUUCUCUGUCAUCAGUAAUGCAUGGAUACGUAUUGUACGUUUAUUUACGCUUUGAUUUGAAUGGAAACAGCGUAUCCAUGCGUUACUGAUAACAGAGAAUAGCGUACGCAUGGCAGAUGGAGUAUUUUGACAAUGUCUUUCAUACUUUACUGUGCCUUGACAGUGAGAGUUACUCGACAUUCACAAGCCUCCCGGUUUUCAUCCAAAAUAUCUUAAAGGAACACUCCACUUUUUUUGGAAAUAGGCUCAUUCUCCAACUCCCCCAGAGUUAAUAAGUUGAGUUUCCGGCAUAAUAAUCAAGGAACUUUGCUGCCGUACCAUGGCCGCAGCAGGUGCAGUGAUAUUACGCAGCGCCUAAAAGUAGUCCCCAGCCAGGUACCUAGUUAUAAUAUAGCUGGGGAUUAAUGACAACAUUUUCAUUUUGGGGUGGAGUAUCCCUUUAACUCUCACUUUGACUGACUGGAGAGAUGUAGUUUGGGUUUAUUCUUCCAGACACAGAAAUCCUCCCGGUGAAGCGAGAUGGCGUUUAUUAAACAGGAGAGUGAAGAGCUGAGGAUUGUAGAAGUAUUCAGCUUGAAACAUGAAGAGACCGAGGAACAAACAGACCUGAUGGCAAUAAAAGAAGAGAGUCAAGAACUGAAGGAAAUCGAAGAGAAAGAUCAAUAUGAGAGACAUGAUUUCUUUGUUGUAAAAAAAUCCAUACCGACUGAAACAAAUUCGGUUCAGAAGACCAAACCUCCCAGUUACUUAACUUGCCAUGAAUGUGGAAAGUGUUUCACACUAAAAGUAAACCUUAACGAGCACAUGAAAAUUCACACCAGAGAGAAGCUAUUCACAUGCCAACACUGUGGAAAGAGUUUCACACUCAAAGGAAGCCUUAAUAAACAUGAAACCAUUCACACUGGAGGGAAGCUGUUCACCUGUGAACAGUGUGAAAAGAGUUUCAGAUAUAAAGACACUCUUAAUUACCACAUGAGAGUUCACACUGGAGAGAAGCCGUUCACAUGCCAACAUUGUGGAAAGAGUUUCUAUACAAAAGGAACCCUUAAUCAACACAUCAGAAUUCACACCGGAGAGAAGCCAUUCACAUGCCAACAUUGUGGAAAGAGUUUCUUUACAAAAGGAUCCCUUAAUCAACACAUCAGAAUUCACACCGGAGAGAAGCCGUUCACAUGCCAACAUUGUGGAAAGAGUUUCUUUACAAAAGGAUCCCUUAAUCAACACAUCAGAAUUCACACCGGAGAGAAGCCAUUCACAUGCCAACACUGUGGAAAGAGUUUCAUUACAAAAGGAACCCUUAAUCAACACAUAACCAUUCAUUCAGAGAAGCCAUUCACAUGUGAUCAGUGUGGAAGGAGUUACAAAUAUGAAGAAAGCCUCAAGUCCCACAUGAGAGUUCACACUGGAGAGAAGUCGUUCGCACGUGAUCCGUCCGGGAAUAGUUUCAAAUACAAUGAAACCCCUAAUUCGCACACGAAGAGUGAACAUUCAAGAGAGCGGUUUUACGUGUCAUCAGUGUGGAGAGAGUUUCAGUUGUAAAGUAAGCCUCUACACUCAUGUGAGACUUCAUACUACAGAGAAGGCUUUCACCUGCGAACUGUGUGGGGAUAGCUUUUUACAAAAUGGAAAUCUCAAGUCACACAUGAGAAUUCACACUCGAGAGAAGCAUUUAGUGUGGAAAGAGUUUCAGACGUAACCCUUGAUUCCCACGUGAAAAGCCCUAACAACUGUAAACGGUGUAGGAUCAUAGAAACGUGUUAUUAAACUGUUAUUAAUUCACUACUAUAAAGUGACAUAACUGGGGAUGUUUUUUUUUUUAAAUGGUACCAGAAAAUAUGCAUCUCUGUAAAAUAUUUUGAAAUGAAUAUGUAUAACAAUUUUUUAAUUUGUCUUGUGCAUAUGAAUGCUUUGCUAUAGCUCAGUUGUUCUCAAAGCUUUUUGUUUUUUUUGUCCCAAGGCACACCUUUGUGAUUAUUAAAUUCAUCUUUGAAACUUU